UUUGUUUGCAACGGUUUGAUAUAUCAUAAUAAUUGUAUCGCUGUCGUCUACAGUCUACAUUCCAUAAAUUUAAAUGUUGUGUAAUAGGACAGGCUAAAUGUAAUUAGUUCAAAAUCGAUAUAUAGAAAUUGCACAAAUAUUAGAUAGGAAUUCAUGCGUAAAUGUGAAAAACUCGUACGUACAUUUCAUAUCGGUUAUUUGGAAAUAGAAGGCUGUUUCAUUUGUAAAAUGUGCAGUUUGCAAGACGUAGUUGUUCAAAAUGGCAGGUAAUUCUUCAACUGGAGAUAGCAGGAAGUUGUAUCAAAACUGGAUAAAAGGUGGACUUGGACUUAAGAUAGUGAAGGAAGGGAUAAGUCCAUAUGUGAGGGAGGAAGUGCAAAAUCAACACAGAGACUUUCUUAAGGGUUUACCUUCUGUCGGCUGUACAUCAUGUGCGCUUCAAGAUUUAAAGCCAGAUCACUCGUGCAUAAAAACUAAAUCUUCUAAAACAUGUCCUCUUGGAAUGAAAAAAUGUCUUUGUCUCAGAAAUAAUCUAAGACCUUGUCCAAAUAGUUUGUGUGGCAAACUCUAUGACAAAAUCGUUCAGUCGCACAGGUUUCAAGAUCCCAACUGGUCUAACACUGAUAUAGGCAAAUGGUCAACGGAUUUCUGGGAGAUCGCAAAAUGUUACAUAAACACACCAGGGUAUGGAGACAAAUCGUCAGCAGAGGAAACGGAUUGCAGUGGACUGCUAAGCAUGCUUAUAAACAACUUCGUAUUUCCAUUCCCGAUUUCAACUUCUCCUCCAUUAGAUGACUUUUCAAGGAUGAGAAAUACCAGAAACGAAAUUAUGCAUGCUCCAAAUCUAGAAAUAAGCGAUGCCGAUCUACAAAAAUAUUUGACAGACAUGGAAACUUUGCUUGGAAGGAUUAAACAUCCGGUAGCCAAAUCAGCAGCGGACAAUAUCAAAACGCUUCAGACGUCAGUGAUCAUUUCAGCUGAAGAUGAAAAAUCACUACGGCUAGAAACUCUUAAAGAGCUGGAACGUGAAAAGGUCAUUGCUCUUCAAUGUAUUGAAAAGAAAAAGGAAGAUGUUACUGACCUCAGAGACAAGCUUUUGCAUGAUCUGCAACUGGAAUGUUCUUCUGCUACAGAUGAUAUAAAGAAGAAAGGAGAAGAAAAUUUGCACACUUUGCAAACUAAAAAAGAUCAGAUAUUAAACGAAUUUGAGACGGAGAAAUCGAAAGACAUAACUGCAAUUGAAAGUGCUCGUGAUAAAGCUCUAGAAAAAAUAACUGGUGCUGCAUCUGCAAUUCGUGAAAAGACAGAAAAAUAUAUGGAACGAUUAAAAGAAUCUGAAGAUGAAACAAAAUCAAGAUUAAACAGUAUAGAAAACUCUUUAAAAGAUGAGCAGAAAAACAUCAAAAUACUCUAUGACAGAACCGAUGCAGUCGAGCAGGAACAGAAAGACAUAAAAUCAACGACAGGAAUGCUAGCUACGGAAAUUGACAGCUUAAAGAAGACCGUGGACGAAAUUGACCAAACAAUAAACAAACACAAAGAACGCUUAGCAAUUUUAAAGGUCAAAGAAGACAUGCGUAAUGAACUCGCUGAGUAUUAUGCGCAAAACUAUUUCCAUGUGUGUGUAACACCCGUCAUAAAAAGACCAAUAGGGAAUAUAGAUGACAUGUUCUUCGAGCUAACAGAAACUGAACCACCAUUUCUGGAGGAACUACUGCAGAAGAAACUACGGACGCAUCAUAGGUAUUGCACCAUAUUCCACACAGAUUCACAAUUAAAAGAACAGCAUGCGAUUGGUGAGAAUUCAUACAAAUCAGUUUUUACUCGGAAAAAUAACUUAUAUCAAAAUAUUGUAGUAACUGGUGAUAGACACUCUGGCACAACGACUUGGUGUUGGAAUCUGUUACACAAAUGGGUGACUGCGAAAGCAAAAGAGGUAAAGAGUGGUAGUACAAGAUACAGUACUGAUGUUAAUGGGAGAGAAAGUGAUGAAACGAGUGAAGGAGAAAAUAAAGUUAGUGAGGAUGAAUUGUUUCUUAAAAUGUUUGACAUUGUUCUUUACAUACCGCUAGCAAACCAUUCAAAACAUGAAACUCUUCCUGAACUUAUAAGAAACAGUCCCGAAUCCCCAUUUUACCAAAAUGAAGAUAAACUGUCCAAACUUGAAGAGAUAUUGCGUUCCAAAGAGAACAAAUGUCUGAUAGUGCUUGACGAUUUACAACCACUAUAUGUAGACGAGCCCAUUCGAAAUCCUGACAAACAAGGUAUGGAUAACUGUUUCUUUGUUUCAACAUCAUUUGCAAAUGCACAUUGUCCUCCAAAUUUUGAAAUAGACGAGUUUGACCGAUUUAUAAGCAUUAAAUGUAUAGGAAACAUCUACAAACUACAUGCAAAUUUUGCCUCUAAAUUUCUAAAACAUCAAGUAAUGAACGGCAGAAAUGAAAUUAGCAAUGAGGGACAAAUAGAAAAGGUGCUUAUUGACACUUCAUAUUUAGCGAACAUAGAGUUCACUUCAUUUGUUGGAGGUGGUCUACCAGUUUUCAUUGUUUUUCUUAUUCUAAACUGGAUAGAAAGGGGAAACAUUGAAAGGACUCGGGCAUUAAACUACGCAGCAACGACUGACUACAUCAUACACUUAGCAGCAAACGAAAUGACAGGAACUCUUUGUAAAAUUAAAAACUACGACUCCUACAAGCAUUUAUGGACAGAUCCAAUGGCGAGGUUACCCGACUGUUUUGAUCAGUAUUCAAAACUUAAAGAAUACGCUGGAUUGAUUUUAAAACUGGCAAAAAACGUAUUUCAACACAUAUUUGCUUUAGGAGAGAAAGACCUCACUCAAGAUGAGUCGGCUUUACUGUACAAGAUGGGUUUACUCAUUAAAUCUGGCAAUGAAAACAAAUUACAAGGGCAUGACUGUUCUUUUGAUGUCUUUCUUUCUGCAUUGUAUCUGGUUGUCUAUACAAAUGCAAAUGACGACAAGUUGAUACACGCUUUGGAAGCACACUGUGAAACUUAUGAUAAAAUGAGGACGAUGGAAGCUGUUCUUAUAUUUGCAAGCGGUAUCGACCCUAAGAUAGUGAGCAUACUAUCGUUUAGACUGUAUCCGUGUGUAAAACAUGGUGAGGAAAUAGACAGGUUGUUCAAAAACCCCUUUGAAAAAUGUAAAGAAGAAAUGUCUUGCUUCAGUGAGUCGUAUCCGUCUUCUGAACAUCCUAUUUUCACCACAAAGAUUUGUUUGUCGGAUGCUCAAACAUGCGCUACGUGGGAAUGUAACUAUGAAAGAGUUACAGAAGUGCAUUUAAAUUCAACAGAAAUUCAAGAUCACGUUCUUGCUUGUUUGCGGAAGUCAAGAAAUGUGAAAGCUAUCAACUGGUUCAUACCUACUGCAAAUAUGGAAACAUAUCAGCUUGAAUGGGUUACUGACGUGCUUUCUUCUUUUAGUGCCUUGACGGUUUUAACUUUGUCAGGAUGUGGGUCCACCUGGACCCCAAACUGCAUCAAGACACAAGAUAUUGAUCUUCUGGGUUGUCGCUAUAUUCAACACAUUUCGUUGGAAGUAAUGUCGUGUAGAAAUAUUUAUGUGAACUCGAACAGUCUUGUGUCAAUAUUUAUUAGCGACAUUUGUAAGUGUGCUGUUAAGAUACAGUCUUUAAACGUCUGUACCGAACAAGAAGAAUCACAGAUAAUUUACAAGAGAGUACAUGAAUCAGACAUUCAAGAUAACUUUACUAUGCCUGCACAAACUGUGGACAACGAUGAAAAAACACUGUCGGUAGUCGGUAGCGAAAAGGACAAACAACUUGCAGAUAGCAUUAAAGAAGUAUCAAACAUAAACACAUCAGUACAUUGCGACAAAACACAGACAUUAAAACUCGCUGAAACUAAAAAUGAGGACAAUGAAAAGUGUCCGUUAAAAUCACAAUUGUUUAAGAAAAAGGAAAGCAAAACUGAAAACAAUGAACAAAUGGUCAUGAAUCCGACAAAUUUGGGACAUAUAUUUUGCAAAUACAUGAAGGACUGCAAGUUAGAAUUUGUCCAUGGUCCUAAACAGUUCCAGUCUGUUAUACUAACAGAGUGUCACAGAAGUGACAUUGUCAUAAAGUUUCAAGAUCAAGAACGCAUUUCAACCAUACCGGAAGAGGCGACUGUCUGCUUUAACAAGACAAUUAAAAUUUCAGAGUGUUCCUUCACAAGGCUUAUUUAUUACUUUGAGCAAAACCUUCCAAAUGCAGACACAGAACUGGAGGUAGUAAUUGACAGUCUAGAGUACGGGCGAAACCAACGUAGUGGUUUGUUCUCUAACACUAGAUUGAAUGCCAUUGAAGUCACACUUUGCCAUUUGUUAGAUGAUGCGGAAGUAGAGAUGACGUUUCCAUCAAACGUUUCAGAUGAAAUGAAAACUCCUGAAAUCGAUUUAUCAGUAGAUAUUGUAGAAAUACCAAAACUAAACUCUGUCACGCUAUUAACUUUGCUAGGGCAGAUGCCUAAGUUAAAGCGUUUGACUUGCAAAAAUAUAUCCUCGAGGCUUUGGGGAGUCAUUGGAACAGUCUUACCAAAGAUACAGGAAUUAGAAUUGUUGUCUGUUGAAAAUCAAACUGAUAUUCCAGCCUCAUUUAUUGAAAGCAUUAAGUACUUAAAAAAACUUACUACAUUUGUCAUUGGAGGCAACUGUCAAGGAACUUCAAAUGAAAACAGAAUUUCAAAUAAAAGAAGGGCGGGAAUAAAGGAACUGGCGAAAAGUCUGCCUUCUCUGCAAAAUGUAGAGCAUAUAGAUAUUUCGAAUCUUGAGAUAUGGCCAAAGCUAUCUCUGUCCUAUUUAUCAAAAGCGGCACCUGAAGUGAAUUCUGUAAAAUGCCAUUUGAAGUCUGAAUACGAUAUAGAGAUGAUGUGUGGUGUUGUACGCAGUCUUCCACGACUUAGAAGUCUACAUUUAGAAUGUGAUACCGGCGAAGAUGUUGAAGAACUACUUCUUGCCCUGGAACAACUUAAGGAAUUACGCCAUUUAUCAUGCUCUGGAAUAUCCUUUGACGAGUCGUUCCCUGAAAAUACUUCAACCAUUGACCUGUCCGGCAUUCAGUCAUUCAGAAUAGACUGUACCAAAUCGUGGAAUGAUGAUGUGCCUUGCAUUAUUAAUUAUCUUCCAUGCAUGUCGCAUUUAACAAAUCUAUCAAUACAGGCAUUUUUGUCUGAAAUGUCUUGGGCUUUACUAGCCAGUUCACUUCCACAUUUGGACAGUCUUCAAAUAGUUGAAUUAAGCAGUUUGCCAAGGCAUGUAAUACCAGCAGCAGUGCUUGAGUCGCUGAGUCUUGUCAGAAGUCUAAGGAAGCUUAUUUUAAACUUUCAGCUUAUGUCACAGGAAGAAUUAAACCAUGCUAUUUCCAAGCUGUAUCAGUUGGACACUCUAGAGCUUGUAUAUCAGACAUUGUAUUGCUACGCAGACCUAUCUGGGCUAUUAAAAGCUCUAUCAAAGCUUGUAAACUUACGCGAGUUAAGUGUUAUUGCCCAUCGGUAUAAAAAUCCAAAGAAACAUACAGAACUUGCUGCAGUUUUACCGAAUCUCAAAAAUCUUGAGAAGCUUGCUCUCGGGCAUAUGGUGCGUACACCCUCUGUAUUACUCUCUCUACAGCAUCUUCCAAACCUUCAGUAUCUGACCCUUCCAGGCUUCAGAGCAGCUGAGUGGCUUUCCUUCGGACAGUCUUUACCAUAUUUAAAGAGGCUUAAGUCAUUACAAACUUCCUUAAAGGGAACGUUAGCACCUGCUCCGAAAUAUUGGAGGAAAUAUGCCGAAACAGGAGCUUUGGCGCUUUAUGGAACUGACGAUGAACUGUUGUAAAGUUUACAACAUAAUUAUAUCAUAAACCUUUCAAAUCAUAGUUUCCGUUAAAUGCCAGUUCUAUCACCUUUCCGUAUAACGUUUGAAACUGAAACAGUAGGAAAUGGCUAUCAAAAUUAUUCAAAGACAAGCGUCAGAAGAAAGAUUGAGACUAUAUGAUGGGUUUUGAGGGAAAGUAAUAAACUUCAUUACUGUAGUGACUCCGCAGCAAUCCUCUACUGCCCUCUCCCACCCACAAUCCAAUCUUGAAACGUGUAUGUGUGAACGAAGAAAGUGUUUUGUGUGCAUUGGGUCUACCGUUUACGUUCGUGUUGAAUUGUUAUCAUGAUAUUGUUGAUUAAAAACCUCAAUUUCUAAGGGAUUUUUUAAGAUUUAGUUCCGCUUUCCGUUUUCUCAAACUUUACAUUGGCGAAAUUUGUGUGUAACGUUAUAUGAAAGUAUCUGUUAUUGUGUGCCAGAAAAUUACAGAUUAUUGCAUUCUUAAUUUAUUGUUGAUUAAAGAUCUAUAAAUCAGAUCACCAUUGUUAAAAUCCAGGUUGUUUUCAUAACGAAUAAAUGCAAUUUGGACGUUUUUCUCUUCUUUAACUUGAAAGUUGUCCUAGUUAGGUCUGUUACUCCGUGUUAUUUUGCCCAUUUAACAAGAUCAUUUUAUGAUUUAGUAAAACUAUGUUAUUUUAUAAUUAAGCGGUAAUUACGGCAAUAAUUUUGUAUAUAUGUAAACCAAGGUCAAAUAGGUUGUUUUUAUAUACAGUCAUAAUAAAAGGGUCAACUACCCAUCUUUUCCUUUUAUUAGAGUUAUGUAUGUUGUUAUAAAUAUCUAUUUCAUUUCAUAACGUAGUUUGAUUAUUUAUGUUUUAUGUGGUGCAUGAUAAUCAUGUAUUUACAUUGUCUGUUAUUUUAAUACAGUCCAAACUGACCUUGCAUUCACCUUGACUAAGCGGUCACCUUUCUUUAAAAGUCCCGACAUAAAUCAUUUAUUGCCGCUAAACAUGGAGACCGUUUAUUCAAGGUGACCUUAAGGUCAGUUUGGACUACAUAUGUCUUUAUGCAUUAUACCAGUGCAUAAUCUGUGCAUGUUGUAAAAAUUAGAUGUCAAGGUACAGAUGUCAUAUCUUACUUUAUUGAUAUUUUAGGAUUAACCGUUAUUUUAAAGAUGAGACUGUAUCUAACAAACUAUUUCCAUUAGACUUUUACGACGUAAUGUAUAUGUAUACGACUACAUGCUUAUAUUACCUACUUCGGACAAAAGUGGAUAUUGUCUCAAGACAACAACAAAUAACGUAUUAUCUGUUGAUAAUACUUUAAGUCUCAUAGUCAUGGUACAUUUGAGGUUCAGGACCCUAAGAAGUGGUCUUGCAUAUCGCCAUUUUGAAUACUGAAAUAUUAUAAACAAAUACAAUAUUUCAUAAUGAUCGAAUAUAUGUGCCCCUUCUUACGCUCGACCUCUAACUUUCGCUCCGUAGAUUUGUCUCUCGGUGUGAUUUUUUACACAAUUUGGAAUCACAACCAUAUUUCAUAGGAAACUUGGAGAAAUCAAACUAUUCAUAUCUAUAUUAAAGCGAUAACCAUUAGAAAAGCAGGGGCGAUGUCUAAAAAGUUCAUAAGAGAUCCAAUGUUAAACUUAAUAUCUUAGUUAUAGAGACAAAAAUCGGGAAAUUUAUUUUAAAAUCUGUUAAGACAUUUUGCUCACUUCGUUAUCAAUAGAUACUACUGUUACCAGUACUUAACAUAUCCUACUGCCUCCCAGCCCAGGUCAGUUUGCAAUAAAAAUGGAAUAAUCUGGCUACAAUUAAAAGACAUCCUGGAAUAUUUAACAAAAAUACGAUCGUUCCGCUCGCAUUAACUACAAGUAUUCUAUUCUGGUCCAUAAUUAUGCUACACAAUCAGUAUGAAAGACAGUAUUGUUAUAAUUUAGUUUUAAUUUCAACAAGGAUAUCUACGUAUGUAUUGGUUCUCGAUGUCCAUUCAAACUAAAUUUAAGAAUGGCAUGUCAAACUUUUACCUUUAUGCCUUUAAAUGUAUACAUCGUAAUAAGCUUUUAUUGUGCCUAACAUGAUGUUUCACAUAUGCCUUUCAUGCAAUUAUACAUGUUAUUUAUGGAUGGAAAAGGCGCACAGAACUGCUUCUCACAGUAGUAAAAUUAAUUCCUUUUAUAUGGAUGUUUCGCACAAAGUUUUCUAUGUACGUAAAUGAAGGGGGAAACGAGUCUGAGCAAAAUAUGACUGCCCAAGCUCUUCUAAUUGUCUGAUGGCCGCCUCCAAAUUAUUGAAUCUGAAAAAAAAACAAAAAAACAAGGAGCUGCGUUCAAUAAACGCUUGAUGCCCCCGGUGGCAUCCUUGUCGAUACAAAGCAACCUAAGUCCAAAACGAGGUCAAGGUCAAACUGAGGUCAGGUGAUGUUUGAAGAUGAGGAAUGGUCACAGGUUACAUCUGUAUUAGUAUCAAUUCAUUCUUGUAAGCGGUAUUAAUGCUAGACGAAACGGUCCCAUUUGGUUAACCAAGAGAUGGCCCAUAUAAAGCAACCUAAGUCCAAUAUGAGGUCAAGGUCAAGGUCAAACGGAGGUCAGGUGAUGUUUGAAGAUGAGGAAUGGUCACAGGUUACAUCUGUAUUAGUAUCAAUUCAUUCUUGUAAGCGGUAUUGAUGCUAGACGAAACGGUCCCAUUUGGUUAACCAAGAGAUGGCCCAUAUAAAGCAACCUAAGUCAAAAUGAGGUCAAGGUCAAGGUCAAACUGAGGUCAGGUGAUGUCUGAAGAUGAAGAAUGGUCACAGGUUACAUCUGCAUUAGUAUCAAGUCAUUCUAGUAAGGGGUAUUGAUGCUAGACGAAACGGUCCCAUUUGGUUAACCUCGUACGGACGGGCGGACGGACAGGACGAUCACUAUAUGCCUCCCGCAUCAGUAGAUGCCGGGGGCAUAAAAAUCUAGCAGCAGUGUUUUUAUUCCUCGGGCGUCAGAGACCCGUGGGCAUACGGUACCCGUCGUACGUCCGUCCAUCACCGUGAAUAACUGUCGUUUUCAGCACCUCAUUUAAAUCAAAUAAAACUUGAUCUAAAUCAUCAACAGCAAGUUUGCAUGUCUCUUUUCUCUAGACAACAACGAAUAACGUACCAUUAGUAAAUUUAAUAAUACUAAGACUUAUAGUCGUGACACAGCUGAGUUACACCACCAAAGGAAGAACUGAUCUUGCUUAUCAUACGGCUAGGUUAUGCGCCAGACUUUUUAUCACUUACGUACCUGUUUUAACUUUGUAUGUAAACUGGCUGCCUUACAUGUUGAGAAAAAAAAUCAGACAACACCAAAGCAUAGAAUGAAAGGAUUGUUUCACAUGAAAACUGAACAGCAUGCAUAUAAAACAUGUGUAUUACUUUACAAAACUGUUAUCGGCACUUUGAUAUAUACAUUUAAUUCCGAAAAAGGACUGCAUAAAGGGACACUCUUACAAAUUGCAUUCGUUUUAAAAGGGGUACAGUUUUUUCAGAAUAUUUUAUGUAUCCAUCUUACAGGACAGUGAGGUAAAAUAUGUAAUGGUCAGGUAGAUUGUUAGUAAAGAUUUUGUUACUUUAUCAAAUAUUUCUGUUUUGAUGAUAUCAUCAGCAGUACUCCUACAUAUACAUUUACGUAUAGUCCGUUUUAUUUGACCUAGCGGGGCGGAGUUAAUCUCUGACACAUGCAAAUAAUGGUAAUCUCAAGAAACGAGCAAAAUAGGUAGAGCAAUAUAAUUGUUUCAUUCCGUUUUCUUCGGUAACCAACGACUAAAUUUCAACGCUACGUUGGUUUUAUGCAGUACAUACCCUGCACAAAAAUGUAGUGGACCGUCGCGAAACCACGCCCCGCCAGGUCAAAUAAAAUGCACUAUAGUCGUGUACAUUUCCAGUCUGUUGUUAGCUUUAAACAAUACAUAUUUUAAAGAAAGUGAUAGCCGUAUCAAGGGGGAAAACAUACUACUCUGUCUUGUCAUGUCAAUCAUGUCGUUACGGCCUCUGUCACGACACAGUAAUUUGCAGAUACUGUUUCAAAGGACGAAGAAUUUUGUUUUAAUUAGAUGUUUGAAUAUCGCCUUUUUAUCUAUACUUUAUUUAAAUGCACUAUAAUUAUGUAAUACCGGUAGGUGACUUUUGUGUUGUUUUUUAUUCUUCCUACUUUUGUGUAUUUUAUUAUUCCUACUUUUGUGUAUUUUAUUCAUCUGUUAUGCUUAUACGUUUAAAUAUAUUUGUGAUAUCGUGUUGCAGUGGUAAUUAUAUACUUAAGAACGAAAGUUGUUCAUAUUGAGCAAAAACAUUGAAAAGGAUCAGAGGCGCGUAGAAAAUUAAUAUAACCUAUUUUGAAAUGUGAUACUAGGCAAAACAAUUCAUUUACUCAACAUAUUCUAAAACGAUUAAUGAAUUUGAUCCAGAAACAGGCUUCUAUACACUUUUCAGUAGCUCCACUUUCUAAAUCAGGUUUUGCAUGACAAUCGACAAGACAAUAACAGUUAAUAUUGUUUGCGUCCAUAAUUUUGUGUAAGGCCUAAAAAAAUCUUUGUUUCCGGUAACAUGAUCAAAAAAAUUAGGGUAGGUAGGUCGGAUUUUUUUUUUUUUUUUUUGGAUUUUUUUUAUUUAGGGAGACUUUUCCGAAAUUAUUUUUGUGUCAAAAAAUGAAUACAAAUAAGGGGAUUAUGCCUUUAGGGCAUCAGUAAGUUGAUUUCUAACAUCACUGGCAAUGUUUAAAGCAUAAAAAGUGCAGUUUUGCAACUUUUUGUUAAAAAGUUGUAAACAAUAUUCUCCAAGGCCAUAAAAAACAUUUAGGGUCGGGCCAAAAAUUUAGGGAAGGUCGGGAUACCGGAAACAAACAUUUUUUUACGCCUAAACGAGCAAUCUAAAGCAGAAAUAGUAAAAUAACAAUAUGCACCGUGCAGAAGAAUUAAGAUUUUUUUUUCAAUAUAGCAUGAGGUGUGUCCUGCAGGAUCUUAUGUAGUUUAUAAGACAGAGGUGAAUAGCUCUACUAUCACAAAUGUUGGACACGAUACAACUGCAACAGUCGUUUAAUGUGUGAAACUGAUUCGGAUAGUGAUACUACAAAAUAUGCUUUUGUUUCAAUUUUAUUUUUUAUUGUUUGUUAAUGAAUAGAUUAGAUUUUUACAUUUCAAUUCAGUCAAUAUGCACUCACAUAACGUACUCAUCAUCUCAUGUCUCUGGUAUGUUCUGUUAUUUGUUAAUCGUGACCAAACUCGUACAAAGUGAUCUCCCUUGCCGCUUCGAUGUAUCAAUGAGUGGAGCGGCAAAGGAGAUCACUGCGUAGGGGAACUUUUGUCCUUAAAGACCCACUGCAGAAUAAGUGUAUUCUUUUGUGUUUCCAUAAUGGUAAUUAUAAAUGAUUAGCAUAAACAAACUGACAAGUAUCUAGUUGCAAACUAAUAUGACAGUGGCAUAUAAUUAAGCAAAGAUAAGUCAAACCUGUCUAUAAAAAAAAACACCCUUGGGAGAGACAAAAAGUGGUCUUUAUUUGGAGGUGUUCUUUAUUCACAGGUUAAAAUAUACUGUAAAUGUUAAAAUGGGAAACAAAACAUAUGGUCUUUGGAGCCAGGUGGUCUCUUUUCAUAGGUGGUCUUUGACACAGGUUUGACGGUAGUGUGUUGAAUGUCUAAACAUGUUAUUGAAUUAAUGUAGCAGUAUACAUAGUACUUGGCGUAGUAGGUUAUGUCUUUAUAACAGUUAUUGUUUAAAACUGUGCUGAUAAGACAUCGGCUGAAUAAAAACUUAGACAUUUCCUAAACUGGCCACCUAUUGUAUAGCUGUAUUAUAAUGCAUUAUCAGAACGAUAUUGAUAAAGUUUGUGUGUGUGUGUGUGGGGGGGGGGGGGGGCAAUGUCACUAUGUUGUUGUGGGUCUUUAAAUGUAUGUUCAAUCAAUAAUGUAACUUUGCCUAUUUUCAGUAACUGAUUGUGUUAUAUACUUUGUUAAACUGAUUUUAGCAAUAACAGUAGUAGUUGUACGAAUUUGUUGUGAGUUUCGUUUUAAACUUUGAUUUAUUUAACAUUGUCUAAUUUAAUUCCUGUGAACUAAUACUUUCAGCAAAACAAUUAUUAUGUGUUUUAUCGCUUAUAAUGAAUGUUUUAUAGGAUUUAAUGUCCACGUCGUAUCAAAUUUGUGUGUCAUGAAUAAGACAUUGAUUGUUGAAAUAUCGUUUACAUUGUCUAAUAUUUAAGGUUAUACUAAACCUAACUUUGGUCAUUGAAAACAUAAACAAUUAUUACAUAUAUAAACAUUAUAUGAACAUACAUAUAUGUAACUAAACAUUAACUAGUUUAUGUGAUUUAACAGAAUUAUGCAUUAGAUUUAAAAUAGUACACACUUUAUACUGGUAUAUGUAAACAGUAAAAAUGUGCACUACCACUAAACAAGAGGCCCAAAUUGGUCUAAUUCAAGCCCCAAAUUGAACAACUUUUUUUGAUGCUACAUACUAGGUUUGAUGAAAUUCCAUUGAGUGGUUCAAAACAGUUAUUAAACGGUAUUUUUACUUAAAAUAUAUUUUGAUAACGUAAAAUGACCAAUGUUUCUGAUUACCACAUAUGUUAAAGCUUGACUGUCAGCUUUACAUGUUGGGAGUUAUGUUUAUGUUUGAAAUAGUAGUUGUUGUUGUUGUAGCUGCCAUUUUAUAACGUUUAAACUGUUUUGUCAGUUUUUAUUCCUAUGUAGUUAUUUUAUCUACAAUAAAUCAUACUUCAAAUAUAUCAUUUAUUUAGCAUUUGAAUAAACUAACUGCAAUGAAAUAAUAUUCUGAUGGCAGCCAUUUUGGAUUUCAAUAAAUAGAGAAAAUGUCCAUGGUGCACAAAGCGACAGCCAUCAGAUGGAUAUUACAUAUACAACACAGAACAAUUAAACCUUGAAGAUAUCACACUUCAUGGUUCCAGUACUAUUUUCAAAGCAAACGGCGUUGCAAUCUGAUAAUGGCGGCCAUUUUGAACUACUUAAACAUAGUUGAUUCUCAUUUACUGGAAAUACAAACUUAAGUAUAUUACAUUUCAAAAGUAGAACUGUUAGAGCUGUUUUCAAAUAAGACCUAUAACAGUAUAUGUCAAUGGCAUACACUGCCCUGCACAUUGCAUUAUGAACAGCUCAUUAAAAAUGUGUGCAUCAUUUCACUAUUUUUUUAAAUAAUUGGCUGUGACUUAACAUCUUUUUCGAAAUAAAUAUUACAGUAUAAAGAAA